CCUCCGCCGCCCGCAGCCGGCGCGCGCCCCGCGACACCGAGGCCGAGCGGGGGCAGGGGGCUGACCGCCAUGACCCCCCGGAGCCCCGCGUGAGGGGCCAAGAUGCAGCAGUCUGCCAGCAUCUGCUGCAGCCUCCCUCUGUGAGUUGCCCCAUCUCUCCACGCCCCUUGACGCCCCUGACACCACCGCCGGGCACCAUGUCGACCUCGUCCCUACGGCGCCAGAUGAAGAACAUUGUCCACAACUACUCGGAGGCGGAGAUCAAGGUCCGUGAGGCCACAAGCAAUGAUCCCUGGGGCCCGUCCAGCUCUCUCAUGUCCGAGAUUGCCGACCUCACCUACAAUGUCGUGGCCUUCUCGGAGAUCAUGAGCAUGAUCUGGAAGCGGCUCAAUGACCAUGGCAAGAACUGGCGGCACGUUUACAAGGCCAUGACACUGAUGGAGUACCUCAUCAAGACUGGCUCAGAGCGUGUGUCCCAGCAGUGCAAGGAGAACAUGUAUGCUGUGCAAACACUGAAGGACUUCCAGUAUGUGGAUCGUGAUGGCAAGGACCAGGGUGUGAAUGUGCGUGAGAAGGCCAAGCAGCUGGUGGCCCUCCUGCGUGACGAGGACCGGCUGCGGGAAGAACGUGCCCACGCACUCAAGACCAAGGAGAAGCUUGCACAGACCGCCACGGCCUCCUCAGCAGCAGUGGGCUCCGGGCCCCCGCCUGAGGCAGAGCAGGCCUGGCCGCAGAGCAGUGGGGAGGAGGAGCUGCAGCUCCAGCUGGCCCUGGCCAUGAGCAAGGAGGAGGCUGACCAGCCCCCGUCCUGCGGCCCCGAGGAUGACGUCCAGCUCCAGCUGGCCCUUAGUUUGAGCCGAGAGGAACACGAUAAGGAAGAGCGAAUCCGUCGUGGGGACGACCUAAGGCUGCAGAUGGCAAUAGAGGAGAGCAAGAGAGAGACUGGAGGCAAGGAGGAAUCAUCUCUCAUGGAUCUUGCUGAUGUCUUCACGGCCCCGGCCCCUCCACCGGCUUCAGACCCAUGGGGGGGCCCAGCACCCAUGGCUGGCCCCAUCCCCACGGCCGCCCCUGCCUCAGACCCCUGGGGGGGACCUGUUGUCCCUCCAGCUGCUGAUCCUUGGGGUGGUCCAGCCCCCACACCAGCCUCUGGGGAUCCCUGGAGGCCUGCUGCCCCUGCAGGACCCUCUGUUGACCCUUGGGGUGGGACCCCAGCCCCUGCAGCUGGAGAGGGCCCCAUGCCUGACCCAUGGGGAAGCUCUGAUGGUGGGGCUCCGGUCAGUGGACACCCAGCUUCUGAUCCCUGGGCUCCUGCACCUGCGUUCUCUGACCCCUGGGGGGGGUCACCUGCCAAACCCAGCACCAAUGGCACUGCAGCAGCUGGAGGCUUCGACCCAGAACCUGAUGAAUUCUCAGACUUCGACCGACUCCGCACAGUCCUUCCAGCCUCUGGAAGUAGCACGGGGGAGCUGGAGCUGCUUGCAGGAGAGGUGCCCGCCCGCAGCCCUGGGGCAUUUGACAUGAGUGGGGUUGGGGGGUCUCUGGCUGAAGCUGUGGGAAGUUCCCCACCUGCCACUGCCCCAACCCCCACACCUCCCACACGGAAGACGCCAGAAUCCUUCCUGGGGCCCAAUGCAGCCCUCGUCGAUCUGGACUCCUUGGUGAGCCGACCCGGCCCCACUCCUCCAGGAGCCAAGGCUUCCAAUCCCUUCUUGCCAAGUGGAGCCCCAGCCACCGGCCCCUCUGUCACCAAUCCCUUCCAGCCAGCGCCCCCUGCAACGCUCACCCUGAACCAGCUCCGUCUCAGCCCUGUGCCCCCAGCCCCUGGAGCUCCACCUACCUACAUCUCUCCCCUUGGUGGGGGCCCUGGUCUGCCCCCAAUGAUGCCCCCAGGUCCCCCAGCACCCAACACUAACCCCUUCCUCCUAUAAUCCAGGGCAGGAGGGGGACCUGGCCUGGCCGACUUCCCCCCACUCCUGUUCCCUGGGAGACAGUGUUGUGAGUGCAUGUGAAAUGGGGGCACUCCCACCCCAGCGCCCUUCCCCCUUCUGGGGCCCACUCACACUACGCCCUCUUCCCACAUCCCCAACCCAUUUCCCCCAGAGAAACUGGACAUGGGGGAUGGGGAGGGGAGCCAGCCAGAGGAGGACCCCUUUCUGUGGCAUUAGAAGAGGGAGGGACAGCUGGGGUCCCCCCACCAUUCCCCCUCCCUCCAAAUUCCUGACCCCCGUCAGUGUUUGAGCCUCCUCAUUCCCCCCUUUGCACCCCGUGGUGAACCCUUGGUGAUGAUUUGGGCAACUUGGGGAAUAAAUGGCAAUUCUCACGGGUGUGGCUCCUA